AUGUCAGAAUACCCUCGCCCCGACUUCGUUCGCUCAAACCUAACAUGGCAAUCUCUCAACGGACCCUGGUCCUUCCUCUUCGACGACAACGACAUCGGCCUAACACAGCACUGGCAUCGCAACGGCCUCCCUGAGGAAAUCGCCGUGGAUCCCCGCACCACCAACAGCAGCAACAACGACAGCGUGGCGCACAGUAUCACGGCCAAGAUUGCAGCAGGCACCCAGGAACUUUUGGCAGGCAACGAGUUCCAGGCGGCGGCUACGACGGUGAAUAGGAAACGCGAGAUCCAGGUGCCGUAUGUGUUUCAGUGCCCGGCGUCGGGGAUCGAGGAGCUGGGCGUGCAUGAGGUGUUGUGGUAUGAGCGGGAGAUUGGGGAUGUUCGGACCGAGGAGCAGAAGGGGGUUGGGUACCGUGUGGUGUUGCGGUUUGGGGCCGUGGAUUACGAGGCGAAAGUGUGGGUUGGGGGGCAUUUGUAUGGUGGCCAUCGUGGUGGCCAUGUCCCCUUUGAUAUCGACAUUACCGAGGCGUUUGUCGAUGCGAAGAAGCAGAGAUUGACGGUUAGAGUGUUUGACUCUGCACACGAUUUGACACAGCCGAGGGGGAAACAGUAUUGGAAGGCACAGCCCGAGAGCAUCUUUUACACGCCUAGUGGAGGCAUAUGGCAGAGUGUGUGGCUUGAGGCUGUGCCUCGUGUUAGCAUUGGGGACUCGAGUGCUGGUACACUGCUGAGGAGCAAUGAGAUCGAUGAAGGGAAACUGCACGCUGAGAUUCAGAUUCUCAACCGCCUUGUCGGUCACCAAUACAGUGUGGAAAUCGAAGCCGGCCUUUUAGAUCUACCCGUCAGCACCACACGCGUCGACUUGCCGCGAGACUCCAACACCGCAACCCUUGAAGUCAACAUGCGCGUGUCCGAUGUCCAAAGGACACAGAUCCAAAAUACCCACACAACCUCCUCAAACGACCAAUCCUUCUGGCACACCAACAACACCGCCCUCUGGUCCCCCGAACACCCAACCCUCUACACCCUCACCAUCCGCCUCUUCUCCCCCUCCUCCCCAACCCCCCUCGACACAAUCCACACCGAAACCGGGAUGCGCUCCCUAUCCUGGCACAACAACGCCAUCCACCUAAACCACACCCCCUACUUCCAAGCCCUCUUCCUCGACCAAGGCUACUGGCCCCAAACCUUCCUCACCCCACCCUCCUCCCACGCCCUCGCCCACGACAUCCAGCUCAGCAAAGCCAUGGGCUUCAACGGCUGCCGGAAGCACCAAAAACUCGAGGACCCACGCUUCCUCCAUCACGCAAAUCACAUGGGCUUCCUCGUCUGGAGCGAAAUGGCAAACGCCUACGCCUUCUCUGAAACGUAUACCCGCCGCUUCGACCACGAGUGGCGCGAAGCCGUCCAACGCGAUCGCAAUCACCCAUGCAUAGUAGCCUGGACCCCCGUCAACGAAAGCUGGGCAUACACGCAUCUCGCGCAUUCGAAGCCCCAGCGCGACCAUAUUCGCAGUCUGUACUAUACCACCAAAACCCUCGAUCCCACACGGCCGGUGAAUGAUAAUUGUGGCUGGGAACACGUGGUCACCGAUCUAACCACCUUCCACGACUACAGCGACGGCAAGGCGCUGACCGCCACGUGUGCGAGUCUAGACGGGAUUCUGGGGCCCAAGGCAGGGCGCGGGAUGUUUUUGGACGCGGUGAGGGGGUGCGGGGGUGCGGGGGACGAGGAUGUCGGGUCCAAGCAUGCGCCUGGGACACCGAUAUUGUGUACGGAGUUUGGGGGUGUGAAUAUUGCGCGGGGGAAUGCGGCGGCGGCGGCGGGGGGUCAAGUCGGCGAUCUUGGGGCUAUACAACUGCUACCUCUGCCACCGAUUUGCUCUCUCGAAUCCGCACUAUGA